AUGGAACUCCCACGUGUAGGAUACCAUAGUGGAAAGAAGGUCUUCACUGAUGAACAAGAGAAGGAAUUAACAGAAUACCUGAUGAAAGCUGCAGAUGCAUUUUAUGGACUAUGUCCACGUGAGGUAAAAGAACUGGCAUAUCAGCUUGCAGUGAAACAUGGAUGCAAAUAUCCAAAGUCAUGGGACAAAUUCUCAAGGGCUGGACCAGACUGGUUCUCAGCCUACAUGAAACGAAACCCAACUUUGUCCAUUAGAAGUGCUGAGGCUACAAGUCUGGCACGGGCCACCAGUUUUAAUCAACACAAUGUAGCAAUGUUUUUCAAAAAAUUUGAUGAAGUGCUAAAGAGACACACCUUAACAGCAAAUGACAUAUGGAAUAUUGAUGAGACUGGCAUAACAACUGUGCAAACCCCAGACAGAGUGAUUGCAAAACGUGGCACUAAACAAGUUGGAGCAAUGACAUCAGCAGAGAGAGGUUCACUGGUCACCCUUGCAUGUGCAGUUAAUGCCAUUGGCAACACAAUUCCUCCAAUGUUUGUGUUCCCACGCAUACGUUAUGCAGACCACUUUGUCAGAGAUGGGCCAGUAGGAAGUAUUGGCAGUGGAAAUAAGUCAGGAUGGAUGCAAGAAACAGAGUUCCUCAUCUUUCUAAAGCACUUUGCAAACCACACCAAGGUCAGCAAUGAAAAAAAAGUGAUUCUUCUCAUGGAUAACCACAGUUCACACCUGUCAAUUGCAGCCAUUGACUUCUGCAAGAGCAAUGGAAUUGUGAUGCUCACAUUUCCCCCUCACUGCAGUCACAAACUCCAACCACUUGACAGGAGUGUUUAUGGCCCACUGAAAAAGAUGGUGAACAGUGCAAGUGAUUCCUGGAUGAGAAUGAAUCCAGGAAAGACCAUGACAAUAUAUGAAAUACCAGGUCUUGUCAGGACGGCACUUCCAGCAGCAGCUACACCAAAGAAUAUACAGGCUGGAUUCCAGUGCUGUGGAAUUUGGCCAUACAAUCCAAACAUAUUUGAGGACAGUGACUUUGCUCCAUCACAGGUCACAGAUCGUCCAUAUGGACAUUUCUCCAGCUGACCAACAGUCCGCUCCUCUUGCUGCUCAUCUCACCAGUCCUACAGCUGACGACAUGACCACUCCUCCAGAUGCUCACGUCUCCAGUCUCCCAACUGACCUCCAAGCUGCUCCCUCAUCAGGCUGUGAUGAAAACCCACAGACCUCCUUGGGCUUUAACCCAGAAGAUGUGCGACCCUUACCAAAAGCUGGACCUAGAAAAACCCCUUCAACGGGAAGAAAAAGGAAACAAACAGCAAUACUCACUGAUACACCAGUUAAGAUGGCUCUUGAAGCAGACCAGAGAAGCAGGAAAAUAAGUUUUCCAAAGAAGAGGCUGUGCCAGAAACAAGGCAAAUCCACUCCCACAAACCUAAAACAAUCCAAGCUUUCCACAUCACGAAAGAAAAAUCAGAAAAUGAAUAACACUGAACAGGACAACACAGAUUCCUCAGAUGCUGAUGAGAAUUUCUGUAUUGUGUGCAUGGAAAACUUCAAUAACUCAAAGCCAAAAGAAGCUUGGGUUAAGUGCCUGACCUGUGCACUGUGGGCUCAUGAGGCCUGCACUCCAGGACAGCCAUACAUCUGUCACCACUGUGAUUCUGAUGGUGAUUAAAAACUUG